AUGUUCGCUGGCUUGAAACAUUGUCAAAACAGUUUCAGGGUUGGGCUUAAUGCCACCCGCCAGUUUUCCAUGUUGAACAAGCCCCUCAUAACGACGAGCCUUUCGUCCAGUCCAAUUUCCAGAAUGCCCGUUCAGACUCCACAACCCUCCACCCUUUCACUUCUUCUGAACCUCAUCCAGAGAAGAUUCAAGUCCAGAGGUAACACAUACCAGCCAUCAACGCUCAAAAGAAAGAGAACUUUUGGGUUCUUGGCUCGCUUACGGUCGAGGGGCGGCAGAAAGAUCUUGCAAAGGAGAAAGGCCAAGGGCAGAUGGUUCUUGACCCACUAG